CUGCAUGAACAGCCGCCGCUCCGGCGGGCUGCUCUCUGCUUCUCCGGUGUGUCUUUGGCUCUCCACGCCCGGCAGUGCCUGUGUGCGCCUUUCGCAACUUCUCCGGUCCCACGCGAUCACAAGCGGGCGGGCAGGCUGGCCCGGGCUGCGGCGGGCGGCUACGGCUGGAGCGUUCCUCGGCGCGGUCGGUCGGCGGGACGGAGUGCACGCUGCUUGGCGCCGCAGGCUGAUCCCGCCGCGCCCCCGGGAGCAGUGAUGCUGGGCAGCUCCGCGCCCGGGCCUGCGGCCCGCGAGGCGGGUUCGGCGCUGCUAACAUUGCAGCAAACGGCGCUCCAGGAGGACCAGGAGAACAUCAACCCCGAGAAGGCGGGGCCCGCCCAGCAGCCCCGGACCCGGGCCGGGCUGGCGGUACUAAAGGCCGGGAACCCUCGCGGUCCAGCGCCGCAGCAGAGGCCCAAAACGCGACGGGUUGCUCCUCUUAAAGAUCUUCCUAUAAAUGAUGAGCAUGUCACUGUUCCUCCCUGGAAAGCAAACAGUAAACAGCCUGCAUUUACCAUUCAUGUGGAUGAAGCAGAAGAGGAGCCACAGAAGAGGCCAGGUGAAUCUAAAAAAACAGAAUGCGAAGAUGCCCUGGCUUUGAAUUCAGCUAUUACUUUGCCUGGACCAAGAAAACCACUGGCACCUCUUGAUUAUCCAAUGGAUGGUAGUUUUGAGUCACCACAUAAUAUGGACAUGUCAAUUGUAUCGGAAGAUGAAAAGCCAGUAAGUGUUAAUGAAGUACCAGACUACCAUGAGGAUAUUCACACAUACCUUAGGGAAAUGGAGGUUAAAUGUAAGCCUAAAGUGGGUUACAUGAAGAAACAGCCAGACAUCACUAACAGUAUGAGGGCUAUCCUUGUGGACUGGUUAGUUGAAGUAGGAGAAGAAUAUAAACUACAAAAUGAGACCCUGCAUUUAGCUGUGAACUACAUUGAUAGGUUCCUUUCAUCGAUGUCCGUGUUGAGAGGAAAACUUCAGCUUGUGGGCACUGCUGCUAUGCUGUUAGCCUCAAAGUUUGAAGAAAUAUACCCCCCAGAAGUAGCAGAGUUUGUGUACAUUACAGAUGAUACCUAUACCAAGAAACAAGUUCUGAGAAUGGAGCACUUAGUUUUGAAAGUCCUUGCUUUUGACUUAGCCGCACCGACAGUCAAUCAGUUUCUUACCCAAUACUUUCUGCACCAGCAGUCUGCAAACGGCAAAGUUGAAAGUUUAGCAAUGUUUUUGGGAGAGCUGAGUUUGAUAGAUGCUGACCCAUACCUAAAGUAUUUGCCGUCAGUUAUUGCUGGAGCGGCCUUUCAUUUAGCACUCUACACAGUCACAGGACAAAGCUGGCCUGAAUCCUUAGCACAGAAGACUGGGUAUACCCUGGAAAGUCUUAAGCCUUGUCUCCUGGACCUUCACCAGACCUACCUCAGAGCGCCACAGCAUGCACAACAGUCAAUAAGAGAAAAGUACAAAAAUUCAAAGUAUCAUGGUGUUUCUCUCCUCAACCCACCAGAGACACUAAACGUGUAACAGUGAAAGACUGCCUUAAGAUGUAAAUCACUCAAAGUAUAUGAUGUACAGUUUUUAUCCCAGGUUUAAUUUUACAAUCAUUUCUGAAUACAGAAGUUAUGGUCAAGUACAAAUUAUGGUAUCUAUUACUUUUUAAAUGGUUUUAAUUUGUAUAUCUUUUGUACAUGUAACUAUCUUAGAUAUUUGGCUAAUUUUAAGUGGUUUUGUUAAAGUAUUAAUGAUGCCAGCUGUCAGGAUAAUAAGAAUAAGAAUUAAUAAUAAAUUGAUUUGGAAAACUUGGUUUCUAAGUCAAAUUUAAUUUGAGAUAAAAAUUUGACUUUGACUUUGAGAUUUCACUCAGAAAAAUUAGUUUACUAUAGAAUGGGGACUGGGAAGGCUUCUCCUAAAGUUAAAAAAUAGUUUUAGGAAAACAGACAAAAGUUCUGACUUUCAUUUUCCUAAGCAACUGGACCAAUUUGCUGAUGUGGACAUAAUAAAUCUGUGCUUAUUUAUCAGUUGUGAUGAUCCAAGACUCUUUCAGCCCUUUGUAUACACUAUGAAAAUGCUUUUUCAUUCCUCAUCAACUUUUAUACUUAACCAAAAUGACAAUUAUUUAAAACCUAUUAAGAAGUUCUCCAGAACAUUUAUUUUAAAGCAUAAUGUAAAAAACUAUACAGUCAUGCACUGCAUAACGACAUUUCCGUCAACGAAGGACCACAUAUAUGA